CUCUCCUCCCUGCUCGUCCUCUGCAGGCCUGCUGCUCUCUGCUGCAGAGAGAGGAGCUGCGUGACGUCAGUGAAGGCUGGAGCGGUUCCUUGGUUGAAGCGGAAAAAAAAUGGGGAGAAGAUUGCGAGGACCUCCGGCAGGCGGACCCUGACGGAUGAAUUGAGGACACCAGUUGAAUGUUGCCACUAUGUGUGGUCAUGUGACUGAGCCACGCUCCUUCAUAGCACAUGGGAUCUCUCUUCCUGCUACCCACUUGCCAUUGUCCCCCUGUUGCCCUGUUUUCAGCAUGAGAGGAUCUGUCAAACGCUUGACCUCUGUGCCCUCAUACUGGCGCAGCGGCUGUGCGGUGUGAGCCCCCCCCCCCCCCCCCCCCCUCCGGCAGUAUCUGCACGGCAUGGCCUCUCUGGACCUGCCAUACCGCUGUCCUCGCUGCGGGGAGCACAAGCGCUUCCGAAGCCUAUCGUCCUUACGUGCCCACCUGGAAUACAACCACACAUACGAGACCCUCUACGUCCUCUCCAAGUCCAACAGUGUUUGUGACGCUGCUGCUCUGCUGCCUCUAGUGGCCCAGGGAGCUCUCCUCGCUCCUGUGAACAGCAACGACCCCUUUGAGCCGCUGCGGCCCUCAGCUCUAAAGGAGCGCCGCUUCCCUUGUCGGGAGCUUCCUUGUGCGGACGACUUGAGUUUGACCCCAGCUAACUCCAACACUGCAGCCCGGUAUAUACCCAAUGUGGAGUUUCCCCAUGGGGAGAUUUUUAUGAAGAAAGCCAUGACAUCUGCAGACCCUGGUCCCCAUGGAAACCACAACACAGCUGUAGCGGUGGCAGCUAACGUAGCAGCUAGUGCGGUGGAGGCAGCGUAUGAGGAGGGCUUAGCCAGGCUAAAAGCCCGGGCGUUUGAGCGGCUGGAGCUGGAUGAAAGGCUGGAGAAGCUUUCUGAAGAGGUGGAGCAGAAAAUAGCGGUCCGCGUUGGUCGUCUUCAGUCAGAGCUGGAGAGGAAAAGCUCUGAGCUGGAGCGGGCCAAACUGGAGAGCGACCAUCUGAGCCAGGAGAAGCAGGACCUGGAGGACAAGGCCUCCGAACUCUCCCGGCAGGUGGACGUCUCUGUGGAAAUGCUGGCUAACCUCAAACAGGACCUGGUGAACAAGGAGCAGGAACUCAAUCACAAACAGCAGGAAGUUGCCCAGAUCGACCAGUUCCUUCAGGAGACGGCGGCACGAGAAGCCAAUGCCAAGGUGCGGCUGCAACAGUUCAUCGAGGAGCUGCUGGACCGGGCGGACCGUGCCGAGAAACAGCUGCAGAUCAUCAGCAGCUGCGGGACCACACCCAACGGCAGCCUGGGGCGCUGCAGCCUGCAGAACUCAAAGGGCAACGGACGCCAGAGACACUCAAGCAACUCUGGAAGCACAAGAGGCAUGUACCAAGUGUCGGAGCGACGUUCGUCUCCGAGCACGGGAGCAUCGGGGCGGAUCAAGUCUGUGUCCGGGGGCUCUGGGGGUUACGACAGUGACAGCGUGGAGAUGCAUCCCAUGGAGGACUGCCCCGAGGCGCAGUACUAUAUGCAGUGCCGGCUGGGUGAGGCGGGCUACGAUCGCUCCCCGGGAUGUGGGGGGGGCGGGUCGAGGAACUGGGGUCUUCGUAAACAGGCGAUCCAGAACUGGCAGCGGCGACCUUACAGGAACAGCACCGAGGGAGAUGAGGGGGACGUGUCGGAUGUGGGCUCUCGGACCACUGAGUCUGAAAUGGAGAUGUGGGAACAAGACAGGAGAGCUGUGGCUGAAGUGCAGCAGUCGGCCCCCCCCUAUUCUCACCACAGCCGGACAGCGUAUCGCUCCAACACAGGUCGGUCCGAUGGGGUCUACAACAAGCCUUGCCGCCAUGAAAAGAGCCCGUCCAAAUCCAACGAGGUGAUCAGUCCAGAGAUCCUGAAGAUGCGUGCAGCUCUCUUCUGCAUCUUCACCUACCUGGACACUAAGACCCUGCUGAGAGCUGCGGAGGUCUGCAGGGACUGGAAGUUUGUGGCUCGGCACCCGGCCGUGUGGACCAGAGUGCUGCUGGAGAACGCCCGCAUCUCUUCCAAGUUUCUGAGCACAAUGUCUCAGUGGUGCACUCAGACGCACUCCCUCAUCCUGCAAAACCUCAAACCAAGACAGCGAGGCAAGAAGGAAACCAAGGAGGAAUACCUCAAAAGCACACGUGGCUGUCUGGAGGAAGGUCUGGAGGCGUUGUUAAAGGCCACAGGAAGUAACCUUCUGAUACUGAAGAUUUCACACUGCCCCAACCUGCUGACCGACCGCUCCCUCUGGCUGGCCAGCUGCUACUGCCGGGCCCUGCAGGCGGUGACCUACAGAAGUGCUACAGAUCCAGUUGGCCAGGAAGUGAUCUGGGCUCUCGGAGCAGGUUGCAGAGACAUCAUCUCCCUACAGGUGGCGCCACUACACCCAUGCCAGCAACCCGCCCGUUUCAGUAACCGCUGCCUGCAGACGAUUGGCAGAUGUUGGCCGCACCUCCGAGCUCUCGGUGUGGGCGGGGCUGGAUGUGGCAUUCAGGGGCUGGCCUCGCUAGCGAGGAACUGCAUGCGCCUGCAGGUGCUGGAGUUGGAUCAUGUGAGUGAGAUCAACCAGGAGGUGGCAGCAGAGGUCUGCAGAGAGGGCCUGAAGGGUCUGGAGAUGCUGGUGCUCUCCUCCACCCCCGUUACUCCCAAAGCCCUGCUCCACUUCAACAGUGUUUGCCGUAACCUGAAGUCCAUCGUGGUUCAGAUUGGAAUUGAAGACUACUUUGAAGACCCCAACAGCCCUGAAGCUAGGAAACUGUUUGAUGAGAUGGUUAACAAGCUGCAGGCUCUGAAGAAGAGACCCGGUUUCUCCAAAAUCCUCCACGUGAAAGCAGACAGUCUCUGCUAACAUAUUUUGUGCAGAUUAUUCUUCGAGUCUUGGCGAGGCGCCAUCUUGGCUCAAGUCAAUCAACACGACCCAGCUGUUUUGAGCCCGCUCCAUGGGGUUGAAUACGUCUGCAGCACAAACAGAAACAACAGAAGAGGAUCACCAUGAUGCACCAGGAAAGAGGCUCAAUGUGCAUCCUCCACAAGGACAAAGUUCAAACUGAAAUAACUCAUUCACUACUACAGUAAGGGGAAAUCAAUGUCUCCUUCGUGUUUUGCUAAGACUAAAAACGAGUCAAGAGGCUUAUUUUGAGUUAACAAUGACAAUGAUAUCACAUAAAGGGCCUGCUUUACAGCUCACUGACUCCACAGAUCCAACAAACUGUCAGAGUCCUCUUUCUCAGUCGUCUCCUGCUUUCACCAUAAAAUGGAUAAUGUCUCUGCACAGAGCCAGGGCCCUUUAUUGAAACUCCUGGAGCCAGGUGACAGCGCUGUUUUCAGCUGCCUGCAUCUACACCAUGCUUGACAUGUACUCAAGACUACCUUCAACAGCAACAGCUGGUGGGCAGGAGCACAUUAAGACUUUCUGCAGAGGUAUAUAUAUACAUCGAGUGAGUGAAUGGCAGGAGUUGUAGAAAAAUAGAUUUCCUCAAAAGAUGUUGACUUGAGACAGGAGCUUCAUGUUUGUGUGUCUCUCGAGGAUUGGAUACAUGGUUCCCAUUCUGCCUGCCCUACAAUGCUGUGUGUUAAAACAGGACAACUUUCAACACUUACUGCUUCAACCCCGGACAGAAACAUGCUGCACCAGCUCCAGGCACAGCGUAGAGAGCAAGGACACACACACACACACACCUUGACAGUGUUUUUAGCCAUUUGCAUGGCAGCGAUGCAUUUACUCUCUUCUAAUCAUCCUCUUUGCUUCCUCAUGUGAACAGCGUCAUGUCACAAACCUGGACUCAGUGUUACUUUGAUGGUUGUAGUAACUCUGAACAGGACGAAGUAUCUGAUGCUGUUCUUUACUAAGACUGGAAGAAUGAUCCACGAUGCAUUUCAGAAACUGGCGCCAUUUGUUACAAUUUUCUGUCCUCAUUCCAGUGAGCGUUUUCUCCAAUGUGCCAUUAAUGAUGGAAGAGGGACCAUGUACAGUAGAUGUGUAAUCUCUUCAAAUCAGUUUGAUUUGAGUUUAAGCAGCAGUAACUCAACAUAAGGGUUUCACAGGUGUUACGGUGUUUAUAUGUCAUGUGAUUUUCAUACUUCACCAUACUAAACAGUGCCAUUCCUAUUAACAGUGCUCCACAUGGCGCUGAUCAAUCGUCACUUAUAUUCAGCUGAGAUCCUCUGGCUCCCUCUGCUGGUUUUUCCACGUGGUUACACAGAUAACAGCCAGCUGGUGUGAUAUGACACCUUGUACUCUUAGCAGCGAGGAACAUUUAUCACCUUUACUACUUUGCAGAACUCCAAACCAACAGAUUAGUCUUCACCUUCAAAUUAGCAGUUUGAUUUUGGUGCAAACAAUUGAGUUUAUCCAACGUUGCAGAAAUUGUCAAGAAGUAUGAGUAGCAAUACUUAAUGAGGUGACACUUAGUGUGCGCUCCUAUGUGCUGCAGAUAACCUAAAGGGGGGUUUCAACUAUUUUUCACAUCAUUAGUUUACUAUUCACAAAGAGUACCAACCAGCCUGGUAAAACAGCUGUCCAAUGUCUUCUGGAUCAGGAGCUUCGUGUGUGCUUAUCUCAGCUUUGGAAAACAUUUAUAACACAGAAAUCUGAAUUACAGGGCAUGUAGGAAAGAAACGUCUACACGGCAUCGAGGGUCCAUAGAAAAAAAUAUGUAUAGGAUUUGUUGGAGCUUGACCCUUACUGGGGACCAAAAGUCAGGAUUUCUCUUCCCUGCUGCAUUGAUUCUUUUGUAUGAAUCAAUCUCUUGCAAGACCCAAAACAUUAUAUAAGUGCAAUACUCAAUCACUGGAGCUAACAAUCACUUUGCUUUCUAAGAAAUUGUCUGCACAGUUUUGUAGCCGGCUGAAAAAUGAUUCACACAUCAGAGGGAACAUCACGUCUCUUCCUUUGCGACAUACUUACCGCCUGUUGCUUAACAAGUUGUUCAUUUUACCCUUGCAUACCUUUGUUGCUACAAAACACAUUGAUAUUGGUGGGCAGAGAAUGCAGCAGAGCAGGAGUUUGUCACGAGAACUCUUUAAAGGUCACCUAUUAUACUCUUUUUCAACGAUAUAUCAUAGGUCUCAGUUAUAUACAUGUAUCUGAAGUGUUUGACUCAAAAUACCAAACAGAUCAUGACUUGUAGCAUGCCAUAAACCGGUUCAGCUCUGUUUCCAAAGAACUGAUUUUGUUUUCAAGCUUAAAAUGCUAAUGAAUGCCUCCCUAGCCCGUCUGAGAAUGAUUGGUUAAGAAAACCACAAUGGAGAAUCAGGUGAUAAGGUGGUAAGGUGUUACCGCGGUUAGUUAUUAGCUAAUGGUUAGUACACAACCCGAAAAAACAUUGUGACAUAAAGUGGCCAAAAUCUGAUCAGCUCAUUUUCAGACAGGUUUUUAUAUAAAUGGAUCAGGACAACAAGAGAGAGAAACUUUUAGAAUCUCUUUACACAGGGGACACGUGUUUAUGUAUAAAAGUGGAUUUUUGCAUAAUAGGUGACCUUUAAAUGAGAAACUGAUGAGGAGAGCUGAUGUUUUUGCGGUCACUGCUUCACUAUUAUGAGAAACGGUCUGCUUAUCGGAGUGAAGCUGUUCCAGGUGUGAGAACAGUCAUGGGUUUCAUUUCUUCAUGUUUUUCCAGUCCUGCAUAUUAUUAUCCUACACUGCUACUGACUCAUCUGAGGGAAAUGGGUCUGUGACACAAUAUAGAAAACACAAAGCACUUGUUGAUUUUAAGUUUUAGACAAUCCUGCCUUCGCUGUCAGCUACUCUGUACAUACUAUUUGUAAAAAAAGAAGAAAACGAGGAGGAAAGAAAGGACCAACAUUUGAUGUUAUAUAAUAUUAAGGUCAUACUUAUGAGUGGAAAGAGUUUACAGGUCUUCAUUCUGUAAGCAUUUUCUCUCCAAAGUGAAUGAACGAUAACCAUAGAGAAUUAUAUUAUGUAUAACAGUAGUGUUGAAAUUGCAGUUGUGUAUUAGAUACUUUAUAUUAAAUGUGCAUCAGAGUCAUAUAGAGAUGGAAAUUAUUUAAGAAGAGGAUAAAGAUGAUAAUUCAGCUAUUUAUUUCUUUAAAAAAGAGCGAUGUGUAUAAUGUUGGCAUGUUUGUGUUCAAGCAUCAAUCAUUAAGUUGCCUUCUUAACUGUUCUGCUACUGUGAAGAAAAUAUUUAGAUGUUUAAAAAGCUUUGAUUGCCUGCAGGUUUCUUUUUAUUUGAUCCAGUCUGUUGUUGCACUAGUGAGAGAAAAAAAAUAGAUAUUUCAGAUGUUUAUUAUAAGAUUGUUGUUUUAAUGUUUCUCAGUAUUUGACAAAAUAUGAUGCACUUUUUAUCCUGGAUACUUUAUCGGCCCGCCGGUCAUCGGCUCAGUCGGAAACGACGCUGGUUUCAUGGAAGUAAGAUUUUGGAAAUACAUAUGAACGCGACUGAACAAAAGGACAGUUAGCCUCUUUUCUCUAACACCAUCUCUCCUCUCAUCGGUUGGGAAGUUAAAGAUGGAAACCGAAUCCACUCCAUUCAUGUGCUUUUUUAGGUUCAUUGCCAAUAUGACCUUAUUCUCCUGGCAUACAUCUCCAUCCUCUGUCUCUCCAAAUAUAAAGCAAAAUAAUGUAUUAUCUAUUUUGAUUCAGAAACUGAAGCAUCACUUAUACACCGUGGUGCUUCUUCAUUCUCAUUUUAUUUCAUAAUUGAAUUCAAGUUUGAUUCCUCUGUUAAAGUUCCAUGUGUCAUACUGUUGAAAAACAGUGUCUGAGUGUUCAUGUACCUCUGUACAUAUUUUAUGUAUGAAUGAUUGUACUCUGCCCGUUCAUCUGAAUAGUAUUUUACACAUUACCUCAACACUUAUCUGGGCAGUUAAGUGUGCAGUUUGUAAUUUAUUUAUUUUAUUUUUCACUGCCAUCGACAUGUAUGACCCUUGAACUUCAUCCGUGUUGGUACGACGACAAACAUACAAUCUGUCGCUAAAAAUUACUUUCCCAAAAGAUGAUCAGCCUUCUGCGAUGACUGCAAUAGAUGGAAAUGUCUUACUCAUUUUCACUCAUUUGUUGUCAUUAAUAAAAUUGCUUUAAAUUGUA